UUUAAAACACUUUUGAGCCAAAUUGAGGCGUACACCAAAUAUAUAUCAAAAUGUAAGAAGAUACCCAAACAACUUUUGUCAAGAUGUAACCCCAAGUGUACAGUCGAUUAUGAGUACCCAUCCAAUGACCCGAGUUCAGAUAUGUCAACUUCGGAUGAUAAUCAAAAUCUGACUAGUAACGGUGAAAGUGUAGACAUCGUUGAUGUGAGUGAUGUUUUUCAUAGAAAAAAUCAAUUUUGGGGGCCUGGUCACUUUUGGAUAGACUAUAAAGAUAACCUGGAGCAAAAUAAACUCUCGUUUUUUCUAGGGGCAAUCACAAAUGUUAAAACUAUGACACAACACAUAAUACAAUAUAACAAUAACAAUAAUAAGCAAAUUAUCCAAAAAUUCGAACAGUUGUUCAAAGAUAUAGGACUGAAAAACCUUUUAACAAUGUACAAAAUUACCGCCCCCAAUAAUACUGAUGAAACAGAUGAAACAAACAACUCAACAGACUUACUCAACGACAAUCAUGCAAGGAGUAUAAACAAUACCCAAACGAGUAAUGAAACAACAUAUAGUGAUACUAGCACAAAUAACACAGAAACACAUGAUUAUACAUAUGACUAUAAUAAGUUGUUGAUUGAAGUAUUAAAAUUGGAAAAGAAAAUAAACCUACUUUUGUUACAAAAGAACGUUAGAUCCAUAUUGAGCCUUACUAAACUAAUAAACCCAUUGUAUAAACGGAACAAUGGUCCCUUUCGCGGCUCAUUUAGUGAAGGCCACUCGAGCACAUCUUCACAUACAACCCGAACGGAAUCCCUAAGUAGCACUGGUAACACAGUCAACAAGAAGUACUUUUUAGAACAUAUUAAAAUAAAUAACCAGUUCUAUAAAGACCACUCCAAGAUGAAAAGAAAAUUAAUAAUUCUAUCAAAUAAGUAUGUAAACAAGUAUAUAGAGUCCGAACCAGAACCGAGUGAGCCUAACGCACUGGAAGCUAGCAGUGUAGAUGGUAUUGAGGACAGAACAAAAGACUCUUUGGGGGAAGAACCCAAUAAAAAAGAGGAGCUUUUACCGCAAGUGGAAACUGUAGAGUAUAUUAUAAGGGAGAACAUAUUUAAUAAUAUCCCAAACGCACUAAUUGGAAAGUUGAGAAACUAUCAACUAUACGGCCUGGACUGGCUGGUAUCUCUGUACAAUAAUAAACUAAACGGCAUCUUGGCAGAUGAAAUGGGACUAGGGAAAACAAUACAAACCAUUGCAUUACUAAUAUACCUUAAAGAAAAUAAGGGAAUAAGCGGUAAUCACAUAGUAAUAGCUCCAUUGUCGACACUGCAUAGUAACUGGAAAACGGAGUUCGAGUUGUGGUAUCCAUCAUUUAAAUUAUGCGUUUACGAAGGAUCCAAAGAGUUCCGUAAAAAUUUGAGAAUGAAAUGGUACAGCGGAAACAAGUUGAAUUUCGAUGUACUGUUGACCAGUGAAACGUUUGUGCUGAGAGAUAAGAAUUUUUUGAAGAAAAUAUGCUGGGAAUACUUGAUUAUAGACGAGGUCCACAAAUUCAAGAGUGAAAAUUCAAAGUUAUUUAAAAUAUUAAAUAACCUCUUCAUAUCAAAACGCAGAUUGUUGUUGACCGGAACACUGUUACAGAACAAUAUAAAUGAAGUGAGGUUGUUGUUGAAUUUUGUAAAGCCUCAGUUGUCUAUUAACAAUAGUAUGAUGAUCAAUCAAGACUAUUUCAACAAGUUGCUAAAACCGUACGUUUUGAAGAGGAUGAAGAAUGAUGUGUUGGACGAACUGCCAAGCAGUUAUGAGUACAUAAUAAGCUGCCCAAUGAGUGGAAUACAAACAAGAUUAUAUGAGUUCUUCCACAUGAAAGAUACACAAAACAAGUUCUUACAGCUAAGGAAAAUCUGUAAUCACCCCUUUCUGUACAUCAACAGCAACUUUAUUCCCUGCAAUGAUUUGAUAAUUAAUAGUAGUGGAAAGAUGUGUAUACUGGACAUGAUACUGUCUCGUCUGUAUUACGUAAACCACCGAGUGUUGAUUUUUAGCCAAAUGACUUCACUUUUAGACAUUUUAGAAGUAUAUUUGAAUUAUAGAGGUUAUAAAUAUUUGAGAUUGGAUGGAAAUUUGAGUAGUGAAAAGAGACUAGAGAGAAUAAAUCUGUUUAAUGAACCAGACAGCCAGUACUUCGUGUUCAUACUGUCAACUAAAGCUGGGUCACUAGGGAUUAAUUUGCAGAGUGCAGAUACAGUGAUAAUAUAUGACUCUGAUUGGAACCCACAAAACGACCUUCAAGCACAAUCAAGAGUACAUAGGAUAGGACAAAAAAAUCAAGUUAUCACGUUGAGACUAAUUACGCCAAACACAAUUGAAGAUAACAUAUAUAGAUUUAAGUAUAACAUUAAUUCAAGAAAUAGUUCCACUAAAGAUGAAAGCAGUUAUGGACAAAAUAGUUAUCCACAAAAUAAUUAUGCACAGAAUAAUUAUGCACAAAAUAAUUAUUCACAAAAUAAUGAUUUACAAAGUAAUUAUUCCCAAAAUAAUGAUUUACAAAGUAAUGAACCCAGUGAAACAGUUGAAGGAUCCGAGAAACCUGGUAAACUGCUGGAAAAUGAUCAUGAUAUGGUAAAUAACGAAGAGUACAAGGAGAAAAGUGAUGAUGUGGAUCAUAACGAUCACAUAAUAGACACUGUUCCACUCUUAAAUAAUGUAUUGAAGCGUAACGAAAGUGAUUCUAAAGUGUUUGAUUUAGUAAGUUAUAGAAAUUUCAUCAUGAACCCACUGGCGCUAAUUAAGCAGAGAGUGCUUCCGCCAUUUCUGUUUAAGUCAAUAACGUCAAAUAAAAAAUUACACAUCUCAGAGGAAGAAAAGAAAAAAUUGUCGAUAGAAAAUGAGAUUUGGCUUAAUAUAUACAAUGAUUAUAAUGUGUAUAGCGGAGAAGUGACGGCACAGUGCUCUAGAAGUUAUAUUAACACAAUUAAUAAUGAAGUUAACAUUAACCAUAUUAUCACGAAUCUGAACAUUAAUUACCCAGUUGAGUGUCUGAAGAAUAUAACUGGUGAAGAUUCAGUGGAAGAUUAUACGCAGAUAGGUAAGAAAAAGAGUAGUGAUGUGGAAGUAUUUGUCGAUAAGGAAAUGUUGAAGUUAGUAGUGAAGGAUAACGAAAAGAAGUUUAGUAUACUAAACAGAGUAAUAUUUGAGAUAGUUGAAGGAGUGAUAGAAGGAAAAAAUUAUGUCGAAUUCAAUGAGUUGCCAAACAAGCAGUAUUUGUCAGAUUAUUACGAAAAAAUACAAAAUCCGAUAUGCCUAUUGGAUAUAAUGAACAAAAGUAAGGAAAGUAGGUACACAUCUGUGUUUCACCUGAAGGAGUCAUUGGAAGUAAUCUGCAAUAACGCGAGAACCUAUAACGGAGUGGAUUCAUACCUGUUUUACAAGUCACUGAACCUGUAUAACUACGUAUCGAGCCACGUAACCUUUGGAUUCGUAGUAGAACUCAUAAGCAUAUACAAUGUAGAAAAGGGAAAAACAUUAAAAAGUUUACUUGCGGAAUAUAUUUAACAGUACUAAUAAUAUUAAUAGAAUCACUU